UCGUCGGUCGGUCUAAGAUGGCGUAGCGUUCAGUGGCGUUCGGAUUUCGGAUGACAGUUGCGCGCAUCGGAACCGGAAGACGAUAGACCGACAACAAUAAAGACGACCAAGAAGGGCUCCCGAGCUCGAUUUCGCGGGAAGUGUCAACUGUCAACCGACGACGCGUCCCUCGAUUAGGUACGUGUGAGUAUGUCGCGUGCGUCAUCUACGCGGAUCGCAUCCUUGCCUGUCCGAUGUCCAUGCACGUAACGUCAUAUCAACGUAAUAUGUCAUAUGUUCUUGUAUGGGUCAAAUGGAUUAUUAUGAUUGACGUGUCACAGAAUUGGACUGCUGUCAAUAUUUAAAACCCCCUUGAAGAUAUUUCAUGUUGCAUUGAUGCGACAGUGAUAUUAUAUGUGUAUCUUGACUAAAGGUUGUAUAUACACCUACGAGUCAACACACUAUUGUAAAGAUGAGCAUGCUCUGCGACUGGCAGACCAGCAAACAGAAACUUUCCGAGCGUGGGCAGUACUUAUUGGAGACUGGACAAUGGUCGGAUUGCAAGUUUAUUGUCGGGCAAGAACCUCAACAACAGACUCUCAAGGGACACAAGUUGUUUCUGGCAAUGUCCAGUCCAGUGUUUGAGGCCAUGUUCUUUGGUGGCAUGGCGGAGAAGAAUGAUCCGAUACCGAUCAAGGAUGUUCAGCCCGAAGCGUUUAAGGCUUUGUUGGAAUAUAUAUACACUGAUAAAGUAGAGCUAGGAUCUUUUGAAUUGGCUUGUGAAUUAUGUUAUUGUGCCAAGAAGUACAUGCUACCAUGCUUAGUAGAGGAGUGCACAAAGUAUCUCUGGUCAGAUCUCUCGCCGAAGAAAGCGUGCAGGGCAUACGAGUUUGCGCAAUUGUUUGAAGAACCUGUGCUGAUGGACAAGUGUCUGCAGAUCAUACGCACAAAAACGGAUGAAGUAUUGAAGGAAUCUAGUUGGGAGGAUGUAGAGUUGGGAACGCUUCUCAAAGUUUUGGAUCAAGAUGAUCUGCAGAUUAACUCAGAGAUAGAAUUAUUUACUGGAUUGGAACAAUGGGCGAAGGCAGAAUGUUCUAGGAAAUCUCUUGAUCCGACUAAUGGAAAAUCUUUAAAGUCUGUUAUUGGAACUGCUCUCUCAAAGAUAAGAUUCUUGAGUUUAACUCCACAAGAAUUUGCAGACGGUCCUGGUACGUCUCCUCUGCUCACAAAAGACGAGGCUUUUGAUAUAUUAAUGAAUAUAUUACGCACCGACAACAAAACACCUAUGCCUGAAGGCUUCUGUACUAAUUCAAAUAGCAGAGCGAAGCCAGUAAAGGCUCAAACUACAAGUGCUACUAUAGUACUUCCUAAAAUGUUUUCUCUUUUAGAAGAGGACAAAACAAGACCGCUUUUCAAUCCAUACGGUCAAUUGAAUAUUCCCAUGCGUACUGGUUUCUUAAACGAUAGGGAGAUCAACAGUACAUUGCUGGAAACUUCACCAGUAGUAUUAGGAGGGAGACAUGAACAAGGCGUGAAUAAGGAUUCUGGAAGUCUACCAAAUUCCUCCACGAGUGGAGUGGUCGUACGCGAGGGACCAAAAUAUUACUGCCUCAGAUCGAUAGUUCAACAAACAGAUUGCUUGAAUACAAACGUACUGGAUUGUUCUGUCACGUUCAGUGUGGAUAAAAAUAUUUGUGUAGUGGGUGUACAGGUUCCCACGCAAAUCGCCGCGGCGAGCAGUUUUACUCACGCUAUACAUGGUGAUACGUCUUACACCGAAAUCUUGUACGCUCAUCUUCUCGACUGCGACGGCACACGUUUGACGUACACACAUUUCACCACUAAAGCGAAUUUUGGUACCCUUGUGGAGAUUACUUUUAAUCGACCAGUUUACAUUCAAAAACAUAAGGUUUAUCGAGUCGGCGUGGUAUUUAAUAAGGCUGGAUGGUAUCCAGUAGGAGUUUGUGCCCAAAACAUGUCCUGUGAUUCUGUGUUUUUCUCAUUCGGAGUUGGUAAUAGUGCACAUGCAAUUCGUGACGGUCUUAUUCGAUCUAUAGUUUUCACAUAUCAUUAGCCUUCUUGUACUGAGUGAUGGAAAAAAGAAUUGCAUACAUCAGAGCUCGGCAAGAACUGCACAUUUCGGCCGAUUUUCAGCUGGCUCCGCCUAGCGCGUCCCCCCUUACCUCGCCGUCCCGCGCAAAGCCUACGAGCCGCUCCACGCUCAGGAGCGGGCGUAUGGCAAUAGCUUUCCACGUCACCCAUGAGGUACUAUUGUUGACGCGUUUUUUUUAAGUGGUAUCCUCAAUAGGCCUAAUUCACUGAUGACUAAAACGAAUUUUUAACUAAUUGCACGGAAUUAUAAAUAAUAAUUGAUGAAUAUUUAUGACUUUCGGGAUUUUUUACAAGCGAGAUCAGGAACAUCUAUUUGCAUACGGCAUGUAGCAAAUCGCAUAAGACGUGAUAAACUUUAUCGUCUUGCAAUUAGUUAAAGGGUCGUUUUAGUCAUCAGUGGAUUAGGCCUACUGGGAAUACCACUUAAAAAAAAAA